CCCGCGCGCGCGCGCCCGCGGAGCGGCCCCUCAGGUACGCGGACAAGAUGGCGGCGUUAGCGGGGGACAGCGCAAUGGAGGUGGUGCCGGCGCUGGCCGAGGAGGCCGUAGCCGAGGCGGCGGGCCCCAGCUGCCUGGUGCAGCUGCCGGGCGAGGUGCUGGAGUACAUCCUCUGCAGCGGCUCCCUCACGGCGCUCGACAUCGGCCGCGUGUCCAGCACCUGCCGUCGCCUGCGCGAGGUGUGCCAGAGCAGCGGCCAGGUGUGGAAGGAGCAGUUCCGGGUGAGGUGGCCCUCCCUGAUGAAGCACUACAGCCCCACCGACUACGUCAAUUGGUUAGAGGAAUAUAAAGUUCGGCAGAAAGCUGGCUUAGAAGCCCGGAAGAUUGUAGCCUCCUUCUCCAAACGGUUCUUUUCAGAGCAUGUUCCUUGUAACGGCUUCAGUGACAUUGAAAACCUCGAGGGGCCGGAGAUCUUUUUUGAGGAUGAGCUGGUGUGCAUCCUAAAUAUGGAAGGAAGGAAAGCUUUGACCUGGAAAUACUACGCAAAGAAAAUUCUUUACUACCUGCGGCAGCAGAAAAUCCUGAACAACCUCAAGGCUUUCCUGCAGCAGCCCGAUGAUUAUGAGUCGUAUCUGGAAGGUGCCGUUUACAUCGACCAGUACUGCAACCCUCUCUCCGACAUCAGCCUCAGAGACAUCCAGGCCCAGAUCCACAGCAUCGUGGAACUUGUAUGCAAAACCCUCCGUGGUAUCAACAGCCGCCACCCCAGCCUGACCUUCAGGGCAGGCGAGUCCUCCAUGAUAAUGGAGAUAGAACUCCAGAGCCAAGUUCUGGACGCCAUCAACUAUGUCCUGUAUGACCAGCUGAAGUUCAAAGGGAACCGCAUGGACUACUACAACGCCUUGAACCUGUACAUGCACCAGGUAUUGACCCGCAGAACAGGAAUCCCCAUCAGCAUGUCUCUGCUAUACCUGACCAUCGCCCGGCAGCUGGGUGUCCCACUGGAGCCUGUCAACUUCCCAAGCCACUUCCUCCUGAGGUGGUGCCAAGGCGCAGAAGGGGCAACCCUGGACAUCUUUGACUACAUCUACAUAGAUGCUUUUGGGAAGGGCAAGCAGCUCACAGUGAAGGAAUGUGAGUACUUGAUUGGCCAGCAUGUGACGGCGGCAUUAUAUGGCGUGGUGAACGUGAAGAAAGUGCUGCAGCGGAUGGUGGGCAACCUGUUGAGCCUGGGCAAGAGGGAAGGCAUUGACCAGUCCUACCAGCUCCUCAGAGACUCUUUGGACCUGUACCUGGCAAUGUACCCGGACCAGGUGCAGCUCCUGCUCCUCCAGGCCAGACUCUACUUCCACCUGGGCAUCUGGCCAGAGAAGUCUUUCUGUCUUGUCUUGAAGGUGCUUGACAUCCUCCAGCACAUCCAGACCCUCGACCCCGGGCAGCACGGGGCGGUGGGCUACCUAGUGCAGCACACACUAGAGCACAUUGAGCGCAAGAAGGAGGAGGUAGGCGUGGAGGUGAAGCUGCGCUCUGAGGAGAAGCACAGAGAUGUCUGCUACUCCAUCGGGCUCGUUAUGAAGCAUAAGAGAUAUGGCUACAACUGUGUGAUCUAUGGCUGGGACCCCACCUGCAUGAUGGGGCACGAGUGGAUUCGCAACAUGAAUGUGCACAGCCUGCCUCAUGGCCACCAUCAGCCCUUCUACAAUGUUCUGGUGGAGGAUGGCUCCUGCAGAUAUGCAGCCCAAGAGAACCUGGAGUACAACGUGGAGCCUCAGGAGAUCUCCCACCCGGACGUGGGGCGCUACUUCUCAGAGUUCACAGGCACGCACUACAUCCCAAACGCAGAGCUGGAGAUCCGGUACCCCGAGGACCUGGAGUUUGUGUACGAGACGGUGCAGAACAUUUACAGUGCAAAGGAGGACACGGCCGAGUAGACUCAGGACAUUGCACCUCUGCUGCUGCUGCCGCCUUCUAGGGGAAGGAUUCCUGAAGGACUAGCCGGUCCCCUUGGAGCCAGCACAGGACAGCCACUUCACCAGCAGCCUUGGCUGCCUCCCCAGUUUAGAUGGCGUGUGCUCCUCCGGCCACAGAGACAGCGCUGCUCUCCGCUACACUAGUGAAUCAGUUGAAAGGCACCGUGUCCGGUGGCAUGGCUUGUCUGCUUGUCCCGUGGUGACAGUGCGUGACAUUCUGUCCUCAUGAGGUCUCACCGUCCACACGUUGUUCUUUUGUUCCCCCACCACCACCCUGUCUCCAUUCACACUGUGGCAGCGUUUCUCCAGCUGGACACGUGAGGUCAACAUUUCCUGCUCUCUCUGGAGCUUGGGCGCCCCAGUCAGGGCCACCUGCCCCUUUGCCUUGGGUUUGCUUGGAUUCAGAUGAAGGCAUGGAGAUGGGACUCAAACGAGUAGAAUUAAUUUUUUGCUAAUACAUGAAACACAUAUUUUAA